AUGUUCUUUUCCGAACAAUUGCUCACCGAUAGAGGUCCCCUGGCCCAGGUCUGGCUUGCUGCCAACCUCGAAAAGAAGCUGAAGCGAAGCGACCUGCUCAACACAGACAUCCCCAAGUCUGUCAAGGCUAUUGUCGACAGCGAAAAAAAGGUGCCCAUGGCGCUGCGGCUGUCAGGCCAGCUUCUUCUGGGAGUCGUUCGAAUCUACGGCCGACAGACUGGAUACCUUCUUGACGACUGUUCCCACACCGUCACCAAGAUCAAAAUGACCUUCAAGCCAGGCAACGUCGAUUUGCCCACCGUCUCUAGCGGUGGCAAAAACACCUCCAAGGCCUCCGCGGCGCUCACUCUCGGUAAUGCUAUCACCGACCUGGAUCUCGCGCUGCCCCCUGCACCUGUUAUCCCUGGCCUCAAUCUCCCCGGAUUGAACCUCGGCCUCGACGAGUUUAUGCCCGUCAGUAACGCCAACCUCGUGUCAAACGCCACCGAUAUUACUCUACCGCAGCAUGACAUGUCGAUCGAAAUCGGUCGAGCCGACGAGGAGGAUGAACUGGCCGAUCUGGGUGACGACCUGGACCUCGAUCUGGGACUCGACCUGGACGGCGAGCUGAACCUGGACGAGCCCGCUGGCGAGGAGGCUGCCAACCAGUCGAUCGAGAUUCCUCGAGGUGACGACGAUGAACUUGCCAACCUCGAUGACGGCCUGGACCUGGGUCUGGACCUCGGCGCCGAUAACCUGGAGGAGGAGCUGGCGGCGCAGCAGGCAUCCGAGCAGCUCGAUUUGCCCAUGUCGCCGAUCGAACCCGCUGACGACGUGCUGCUCGAAGAGGAGGACGGCCUCACUCUAGAGGAGCCUACUAUUAACAUGGCUGAUGCGCUGGCCGGCAACAUUCCCGAGCCCUCUGUGCCUGCCCCUCGAAAGCGACGGGCCGCCCGAGGCAAGCGAGCCAAGUUUGACGACGAGACCCAGCUUGAUCAGGACUUUGUGCAGCAGCAGCGUCGAAACCGGGACGGUAUCAUCUACGAGCACCCCCAACUUGAGGCGUUUGAGAAGGAAGUCAACUUGUUCAACGACCUGAGCGCCGACAUUAUGGCCCUGGUGGACCCCGAGACUAUCCGAAAGACUCUCUCUAGCCGAGAGGUGCGAGACGGCGACGACGAGGAGCAGGUCAUGACUCCCGCCGCUUCUCCCAAUGGAAAGCGAGGCUUUGAGGAAGUGGAGCAGGAGGUUGCUGACCAGCAUGCCGAUCUACCCAUGGAUUUUGAUAUUCCCGACGAUAUUGUCAUGGACAACACCGAGACUGUGGAUGAGAUUGCGGCAGCUGCUGCUGACGAAGAGGAGGAUCUGCUUGUGACUGGUACCGUGGACGGUAUUGCCAAGAGCACAAUUGCCACCGCGCAGACUCUGCGGCGACAAAUGUCCGGCGACAAUGACAAGGUGCAAUUCUCGGAGAUGAUUGCCGGCAAGGGCCGAAAGGCUGCGGUGCAGAGCUUUUUCGAGGUUCUGGUUCUUGCUACCAAGGACACCAUUUCCAUCAACCAGCCGCAGCCCUAUGCCGACUUUUCCGUGUCGGCCAAGGACAAUCUGUUUGAUGACAUGUGGAGCGAGACCAACACGGAGAUUGCCGCUUAG